UACCAUUUCCUAUCCUUGAGCAUUUUUUGUUGUUUAUCAAAGAACCCAACUAGUACUUCUCCCUCGAAGCGAUUGGUUAUAACAUAGCUAGGCUAUGGCGACGUCUAUGAAACAGUGGACUAUGCUGUGCCUGAGUUUACUGCUGGCUGUGUCAUUGUCACUAGUAGAGGGAGAGAUACCAACAACCACCAUCACCAUCCCCAUGCCCUCACCAGACAGCCCUCCCAAGCACAAUGACUACAUGUGUGUGGGCGUGUCCCUCCCCAGAGAGAACUCGUACAUUGUUGGCUAUGAGCCACGGGCUGAUUCCAGGGUAGUGCAUCACAUGCUCAUGUUUGGUUGCCCUGGAAGUGUCCCUCAGAACACAUGGUCUUGCAAGUCAACCCCUUCAGUUUGCCCUAAUGGAGGAUAUGGGAAGAUCUUGUACGCGUGGGCACUCAAUGCCUCAGGGCUACAGCUGCCCCAGGACGUUGGCAUGCAGAUAGGACCCUCUGUGAAGGUCAUGUCUCUCGUUAUACAGAUACACUACGGCCACCCAGAGACUGUUCCUGACCUUGAGGCGACCAGUCAAGAGUCGGUUGUCCUGCAUACUUCUAAGGAGAGACAGAAGAAUGUUGCUGGGAUAUACAUAAUGGGAGGGACCAACUCACUGGAGGCAGGAAAGAAGGAAGUGUUCUCAGACUCAGCCUGCAAGUUCGCUGGACCCAAUAACAUAUAUCCCUUUGCAUUCCGGACACACUCUCAUUCACUGGGUCACCAGAUAGUGGGUUACAUCGUGAAGCCGGAGGGCAAGUGGGAGCUGAUUGGUACACGUAGUCCGCAAGACGCACAGACAUUUUAUCCUGCUGCCAGUCCAUCACUGGAGGUGGUAAAAGGGGACACUCUGGCUCUGCGGUGUGUGUUCAACACUCUGGAGAAGACACACACAGUGAGAAUGGGUCCUGACUCUGAAGACGAAAUGUGUAACUUCUACAUCAUGUACUACACUGCCAACAAUGGGCGUGGUUUAUAUGCUGACGAUUGCUGGGACCCCCCUCGCGGACUAACAUACCCCUCAACCCUACCCCCCCUACCCGUACUAGUCAGUAGCUCAGAGCCCCAUCAUCAUCACAGUAUGGGAGGUGACAAAGAUGAAGAAGAUAAAGAUGAUGACUACAAGUGCCCAGUUUCUGUACCUCCCGGAAAUCCUAGUCGUUGCCCCGUUCCGACCACAGCCCCUCCAACCACACACCCUCCGAUCACACCCCCUCCGUUCAUAGAGGGCGUGGCAGCUCCGCCCCCUACUCUCCUCGGACUAGCCCAGGCUGAGGAUUGGGCACUCAACAAGGUCUCCAUCCCUGGCCGCACUUUAGGUCAAGUCAGUGCAGUAGCUGCGGAUGGUGACGGCAAUGUACACAUACUACAUAGAGGAUCUGUCAAAUGGGACUACGGGUCAUUCUAUGAAGACUAUACGUACGCACGUGUUGAUCAAGGCCCAAUCAAGGAGCCUACUCUACUCAAGUUUACGUCCACAGGGACCCCUCAGAUUGCAUGGGGGGAGAAAUUCUUCUACCUCCCACACGGCCUCACUAUCGACUCACAGGGAGCUUUCUGGGUCACCGACGUGGCCAUGCACCAGGUGUUCAAGUUCACCAAGCUAGGAGACAAAUCUCCCUCCCUGACUCUAGGGAUAGCAUUCAAGCCUGGCAGUGGAUUCGGCCACUUCUGUCAGCCCGCCAGUGUUGCCGUGGAGACAAGUGGAGUGUUCUACGUGGCUGAUGGGUACUGUAAUCGUCGUGUCCUCAAGUUCUCCGCCCAAGGGACCCUCAUGGAGACAUGGGACGGCCCUGUAUCCUCCCUGCCUCUCUUCAUACCUCACAAAGCUUCCCUCAGCCGCGACCAGAGCACCCUCUAUAUAGCAGACCGUGAGAACCAGCGCGUCCUGUCGUAUGACACGAGCACGGGAGCUGCUAUGGUGUUCAGUGGACCAUUGGAAUCUGCAGUUUAUGCGGUGUGUGUGAAUGGCAGUGGUGGUUGGCCCAUGUACGGAGUGUACGGAGGAAAACCAGGGUCAAUGGGGUUCAGUCUGGAUAGUCACGGGGAGGUGAUGAACACCUGGGGACCUAGCAACGGUUUCUCCAAGCCACAUGACAUCACGGUGGACACAGUGCAUGGAGCUGUGUACGUAACUGAGAUUGGACCCAACAGGAUCUGGAAGUUUGUACCUCUCUAUGCUCACUCUAAAGAUGUACCCAACGUUGAUACCAUCCCAGCCUCACAAGCUCCACCAGCCUCACAACCUCCACUAACCCCUGACAAACAUCCAACAGCCGUCUCUCUCACUGGAGAAACCAAUAGCAACGAAACGUCCAACACUACUGCAGAUGUUGAGUCUGUCGAUGGUCACCAUGGCAAUGGUCCUAGUGAAAUAGUGACGAAGCGAGCAACAUUCAAUGUUGGAAUCUUUGUGGCCAUAUUUGUGGUAGUGCUUGUCAUUCUUAUCAUCCUGGUAGGAAUUCUUAGGGAACACAAGUAUUUGAAGAAACUUCGACUGUACGUUGGGUCAAGACGUAAGACAGCAGGGGCCGCAGAAGGGGGCGGAGUUAAAGUCGAGGCCCGUGGGAAGAAGGGGAUUCCCCUACACUCGUUGCUAGGGCCGAGUCGUCCUGGAUUCAGUCGACUCAAGACGUAUGAUUCAGACAGUGAAGAUGAAGACUUCCCGGUCUUCAAUAGAGUGUGAUCACAUGACCCCACCUUUAUAUCAGUGUUUGCAACCAAACUGUUGUUUCUUUAUCCAUACAUGCAUAAUUAUAGGUACGUAGUCUGUUCAGCCAAUAAUUGUACAUUUUUUCAGUUCCACAGCCAUACAUACAUUGACUGUCCUGUCAUAGUAAUAUGACAGAAAAAAUUAUUGUUUAAUAUUGCAAAUAAUUAUAUAUUAUUAUAAUGUUGAAAUUUCA